GACAAGGUUCCUCACUCUGAGGACAUCGUUCCUCACGCUGAGGACAAGGUUCCUGACGCUGAGGACAAGGUUCCUCACGCUGAGGACAAUGUUCCUCACGCUGAGGACAAGGUUGCUCACGCUGAGGACAAGGUUCCUCAAGCUGAGGACAAGGCUCCUAACGCUGAGGACAAGGUUCCUGAACCUGAGGACAAGGUUCCUGAACCUGAGGACAACGUUCCUCACUCUGAGGACAUCGUUCCUCACGCUGAGGACAAGGUUCCUAACGCUGAGGACAAGGUUCCUCACGCUGAGGACAAUGUUCCUCACGCUGAGGACAAGGUUCCUCACGAUGAGGACAAGGUUACUCACGCGAAGGACAAGGUUCGUCACGCUGAGGACAAGGUUCCUCACGAUGAGAACAAGGUUCUCACGCUGAGAACAAGGUUCCUCACGCUGAGGGCAACGUUCCUAAUACUGAGUACAAGGUUCCUAGUACUGAGGGCAAGGUUCCCAACAAGGUUCCAAACGCUGAGGACAAGUUUCCUCACGCUGAGGACAAGGUUCCUUACGCUGAGGACAUGCUUCCUCACGCUGAGGACAAGGGUACUGACGCUGAGGACAAGGUUCCUCAAGCUGAGGACAAGCUUCCUAACGCUGAGGACAAGGUUUCUGAAGCUGAGGACAACGUUCCUAACGCUGAGGACAAGGUUCCUCACUCUGAGGACAACGUUCCUCACGCUGAGGAGAAGGUUCCUAACGCUGAGGACAAGGUUCCUCACGCUGAGGACAAUGUUCCAAACGCUGAGGACAAGGUUCCUCACUCUGAGGACAAGGUUACUCAUGCGCAGGACAAGGUUCGUCACGUUGAGGACAAGGUUCCUCACGCUGAGGACAAGGUUGCUCACGCUGAGGACAAGGUUCCUCACGCUGAGGAUAAGGUUCCUCAAGAUGAGAACAAGGUUCUCACGCUGAGAACAAGCUUCCUCACGAUGAGGACAACGUUCCUAAUACUGAGGACAAGGUUCCUAGUACUGAGGGCAAGGUUCCUAACGAAGUUCCAAACGCUGAGGACAAGUUUCCUCACGCUGAGGACAAGGUUCCUCACGCUGAGGACAUGGUUUCUCACGCUGAGGACAAGGGUCCUCACGCUGAGGACAAGGUUCCUCAAGCUGAGGACAAGGUUCCAAACGCUGAGGACAAGGUUCCUGAAGCUGAGGACAACGUUCCUAACGCUGAGGACAAGGUUCCUCACUCUGAGGACAACGUUCCUCACGCUGAGGACAAGGUUCCUAACUCUGAGGACAAGGUUCCUCACGCUGAGGACGAUGUUCCUCACGCUGAGGACAAGGUUCCUCACGCUGAGGACAAGGUUACUCACCGGAGGACAAGGUUCGUCACGCUGAGGACAAGGUUCCUCGUGCUGAGGACAAGAUUUCACACACUGAGGACAAGGCUCCUCACGCUAGGGAGAAGGUUUCUCACGCUGAGGACAAGGUUUCUCACGCUGAGGACUUGGUUCCCCACGCUGACGACAAGUUCCACACGCUGAGGGCAAGGUUCCUCACGCUGAGGACAAUGUUCCUCACGCUGAGAAGAAGGUCCCUCGGGCUGAGGACAAGGUUUCUCACGCUGAGAACAAGGUCCUUCACGUUGAGGACAAGGUUCCUCAACCUGAGGACAAAGUCCCUCAUGGUGACGACAAGGUUCCUGACGGUAAGUCAAUGUUCCUCACGCUGAGGACAAGGUUCCUAACGCUAAGGACAAGGUUCCUAACAAGGUUCCUAACGCUGAAGACAAUGUUCCUCACGCUGAGGACAAGGUUCCUCACGCUGAGGACAAGGUUCCUCACGGUGAGGACAAUGUUCCUCACGAUGAGGACAAGGUUCCAUACGCUGAGGACAAUGUUCCUCACGCUGAGUACAAGGUUCCUCUCGCUGAGGUCAAUGUUCCUCACGCUGGGGACAACGUUCCUCACGCUGAGGACAAGGUUCCUCACGCUGAGGACAAGGUUCCUCACGCUGAGGACAAGAUUCCUCACGCUGUGGACAAGGUUUCUCACGCUGAGGACAAGGUUCCACACACUGAGGACAAGGUUCCUCCCGGGGAGGACAAUGUUCCUCACGCUGAAGACAAUGUUCCUCACGCUGAGGACUGUGUUCCUCAUGCUGACGACAAGGUUCCUCACGCUGAGGACAAGGUUCCUAAUGCUGAGGACAAGGCUCCUCACGGUGAGGACAAGGUUGCUCACGCUGAGGACAAGGUUCCAGACGGUGAGGACAAGGUUACUGACGCUCAGGGCAAGGUUCCUCACGCUGAAGGCAAUAUUUCCUCACGCUGA